AUGUCAAAUGUAAAUCAACAACAACAACAACAACAACAACUUCAACAACAACAGAUGAAUGGGGAGAUUAGCUUUGACUUUGAUUUCACUACUUAUGAUGUUCCGGUACCUGUAGCCGCUGCAGUUUCAACUGUCUUUCCUUUGAAAACAACUACAACUACAACUACAACUACCACAACAACUACAACUUCAACAUCAUUGAUUGAUGAUAAAUCAUUACAAUUUUCAUUCAGUUUAAGUAGUCCUCAUGCUGCUGGAGGUGGCAUUGGUAUUGGUAUUGGUGGACAGAUGGCCCAACAACAACAACAAGGUGGAGGAGAUGAACGUAGAUAUUAUAACAACAUCUUUGGAAAGGUCUAUCCAAACUUUGAUAACGAGUUGAAACAAUUACGAGACAACUGUUCAUCAUUGAUAAACCGAUACUAUCCACAUAAAUAUCAACAACAAUCAAUGAUGGAACAACAGAACUUCGACAAUGACAAUGAUAAUAGCAAUGAUGGUCAAGGUGUAAAGUUCAAGAAGAGGAAGUACUCUCCAAUUCCAUUUGCUGAACCAUUGAUACCGUCACCUCCUCCUACCCUUCCGCCUCCAGCUGCUGAGCAAUCAUUGAUGUUGGCCAAUCAACGAAGGACCUUGGGUCUGGGGCCUGCCCAGCCAUUCAAGCAAACAAUGUCAUUGCUCAACCGACCCAAGACCACGACGACCACCACCACGCUCACAUUGCAAGGAGCUCAAGUUAUCAAUGUUGGUUGCCCCCUGACACUGAAUCGCUUGGUCAAGAAGAAGAAGAUUCAAAAGGAUAUUGAACACCUUCAGAAGAUGGAGACGUCACCUCAGGCAUUGUUGCCAUCACAACAACGUUUGACAACAUCAUCAGCAGCCUCACAACGAUUCGACAGCACUCUUUUACAAUACCAUCCACCAGUCUCACUCGAUGUCCUGCUCGACACGAUCAAGGAGUCAGUCGACAUUCCCAAUCUGCCACCUUACCAAGGCGAGACCAGUGGUGACUCGAGACUACUGCCAUUCCAAGUUCGCAAGAUCACCCCGGAUAACAUAGAAUGGUUCCGCCAAGUAUGGCCAAUGCAACGUCAGUUUGCAUUCAGUCUGUGUCUGCACUCAAAGCUCGUGGACAAGUUUGAUUACCUGAUCAAUGAUGAAGAGACAUUCUUUCAACCAUCACUCUUUCGUGUUCAAGCCAUCGUCAUAACAUUCCCCAAAGGUCUAUCAGUAUACCAUCUCCCCUUGGCACCUCCAGACAACACCAACAACAAUGUCGUUGUUGACAAACACAUGUCAACAUUCUAUGACAACAAUUGGAGGUUGGUAAAGUGUGUACUGGAGCAUCCAAACAGUUACAAGUACUUGUGGAAUGCCAAACCAUUGUUAAAGAUACUGUUGGCACGUGGCAUCAAUGUGACGGAAGGACUGAUGGACCCCAAGGUCGCAGCCUGGGUCAAGGACACGGACAAAUACAAGGACUGUCGACUGGAGCAGCUCAACGAGGAGUUCACCACGCACAAGAGGAAGAGAGCUGGACAGACCGUGGCGCAUCGCCUCGCCACUGCACCCGGCUUUGACGGGGCCUACUACACAUGCUACUGGACACUCACACUGAUGCAGACAUUGCUAAAAAGUCUGAGUGUGGAGGUGGCGGGCAAGUCACUAAAGAUAUUUGUGGACAUGGAGAUGAAGCUGCUGCCCAUCCUGGCGCGAAUGGAGUUCAUUGGCAUUGGCUUUGCCGAUGAGUCCUGUCAACAGUCGGUCGAUCAGAUCAAGCGCAAGUUGGACUACCUCACGUACAAGGCACAGCUGUUGGUGCCAGGCAUCAAGGUGGACCUGGACAACAAGGAGCGAAUGUCCGAAAUAUUGUACAACAGAUUGAAGCUGACCAAGCCCGACUCGAGGGCCAACAAGAAGGUGAACAAGAGGUAUCACAGUACCAAUGCGGCCAACCUCGAGUCGAUCUCACACGAGCACCCACUGCCAAGCAUCUUGUUGGAGCAUCGCAAACUGUCACAUCACAUCAACAACUAUGUAUCGGAGCUCAAGAAGUAUCAUUACUUCAAUCAACAGACGUCAAUGAUGCGAAUCUACUCGACUAUAUGUCAGACUGUUGUGCCCACUGGGCGUAUCACCAUGGUCUUCCCCAAUCUACAGUCAAUCGCACAUCCCUUUGAGUUUCGCAAGGCGCCAGACUUCAACCCGUCGCCAAUGUUUAGCAAGAACAGUGAGUCACCUGACGAUCUUCCAGACCUGGACAGAGAGGCAGCCAACACACAGUAUAGGAGUCUGGUUGAACAAGAGAAGCAAUGUGAGAUCCUGGUGGUCAAUGUACGCGAUUCAUUCAUUCCAAAGAAGGGCUCAUUGUUCCUUGCCGCUGACUAUGGUCAGAUUGAGUUGAGGAUAUUGGCACACCUCUCCAAGGACCAAAAGUUACUGGAGAUAUUCAAUAGGACAGAUGUGGAUGUGUUCAGACUGAUAUCUCAUCAAAUGUCCAACAUACCAUUGAAUGAGAUAACAGAUGAUGAUAGAUCAAUUGCCAAACAUCUUUGUUAUGGUAUCAAUUAUGGAAUGGGAAUAAGGAAGUUGGCUCAUGAUUUGAACACCACUGUCGACAAGGCCAAAGUGGCAUUGGCAAAGUUCAAGAAGACAUAUCAACACUUGACUGAUUAUUUAGAGUCCAUUGCAGUUGAUUGUGAACAAAAUGGAUAUGUUAUGACACUGUUUGAGAGAAGAAGGAACUUUAGUGCUGUAUUUAGUGAAGAGGAUCGUGAGAGCGCAAAGAGAAAGGCAAGGAACACUGUGCCACAGGGCACUGCAGCCGAUAUCAUCAAGUUAGCCAUGAUCAAAAUAGAGAAGCAACUAAUUGAUAGGAAACUGGAUGCCAAGAUGAUACUCCAAAUACACGAUGAACUCUUGUUUGAAGUGUCCGAGGAAUCAAUCGAUGAGGUGGCCUCAAUAGCCAAGAGUAUAAUGGAGAAUGUUAUCCAACUGUCUAUUCCGUUGCCUGUCAAUAUGGAGUGUGGAAGGUGCUGGGGAAGUCUCGUCCCCUAUGUUUACCCCUGGAACAAAGGUGGUCGAGGAUGA